UGGAAACACUAGCGAGGCUAGCUAACAAAUGUUGCGACUUGCGACUCCGUAAAGUUCAUCCUAAAAACAGACACAAGUACUGCGAGAACACCAAUCACAGGACCGAAGAGCAGAUCUCCAUGGUAACCGCGGCUGGCUUGCUUUCAAACUUCCUGUUUGUUGUUUGCAGCUGCAGAUAAAAACGUUGAAGUGUCGGUAAGUCUGGAUCACUUCUCUUACUGUCUUUGAUUGAAUUUUUAUUGAACAUCCACCUGUUGACGUUGUUCCCGCGAGCCCGUCAGAUCUGCAGCUUCCUGCUGUCACGAGCCGCGAGAGACUGCGGACACACCUGGCGCGGACCACACCUGGUCCGGAACCCUUCUGAUACCGUGAAAAUAUCCGUUCAGUUAAACGAUGGCGGGGACGUCGAGACACGAUCGAGAGAUGGCGAUGAACGCCAAGCGUCGGCUGGCGGACUGCUCUGACCCGGUGGAGAGACUCAGGCUUCAGUGUCUGGCCAGAGGAUCGGCUGGCAUCAAAGGUCUGGGCAGAACCUUUAAAAUCAUGGACGAUGACAACAACCGCUCCCUCGACUUCAAGGAGUUCGCGAAGGGUUUGAAUGACUUCGGGAUCCUGAUGGAGAAACACGAGGCCACGGCUCUCUUUCGGCGCUUUGACCGCGACGGCAGCGGGACCAUCGACUUUGACGAGUUCCUCGUCACUCUGCGGCCGCAGAUGUCCAAGGCCAGGAAGGAGGUGGUCAUGCAGGCGUUUCGGAAGCUGGACAAGACGGGUGACGGCGUGAUCACCAUCGAAGACCUGAGGGGGGUUUAUAACGCCAAGUACCACCCCAAGUAUCAGAACGGGGAGUGGACAGAAGACCAAGUCUUCAGGAAGUUCUUGGACAGCUUUGAUUCUCCGUAUGACAAAGACGGGAAGGUGACCAAAGAGGAGUUCGUCAACUAUUACUGUGGAGUCAGUGCCUCCAUCGACAGCGACGUCUACUUUAUUCUCAUGAUGAGGAACGCCUGGAAGCUCUGAGAGGAACCGAAGGACGUGAACUCCAAACCGUGCUGAGGAAACAGCAAAACAGCACGCGGCCUUUCGGCAGUCAGGAUGCUGCGUGAAGGAGCUCUUUACUGCAGCUGUAACCCACGUGUUGUUUUUAAGAGCUAGAAAAUAAAUUCUCUGAAUGAAUG